CCUGAAACUGCGAAGUCACUCUGCCUCGGCGGGAUCCCGCUCCCCUUCUCCAAAGUGGGCGACCACCCACGAGCCCUAUGUGAGCGCUUCUCUCUCGUGCCCCUCCUCGCGCCUCUCAUUGGCGAUUCGCGCAGAGACGGGGCGGACCGACGGUACCUGCGGGCAACGAGUGGCGAGCGCGCUACAGUUGGAGCCCCAGUGGGGACCGCACGGGCACAGAGGCAGUGCCAUGGAGAGAGGUGACUGAGUGGCAUCACAGAACGCCGGAGCCGGACAAGACAGGGGGCUUCAUGGAGGCCGACUGACAAAGCGCAGCCCGAUAGCGAGACGAGAGCGACGUUUGUCGGUGCCCGCCACCUGCCCCGGGAGCGGCGCUGCGAGGGAGCCACCGUAUGAUCCGGAGCGCUCGCGGAUCCCAGCCGGUCAGCGUCGGGUCACCAAGUGGGACACGCCAUGAAAAGCUACCGCCCGGGUUAUUUCUGGGGACUCUGGUGGAGCUCGUGGUGCGUCCUGGCCGCCGGAGGGGUCAGCUUUCUGUUGGACGGCGCCAAUGAGAUCCACGCGAGUUUUAUUCACAGGAGGCUGCGGACUCACGAGAAAAGGGAGAUGCAGAAGGAGAUCCUGUCCAUUCUCGGCUUGCCCCACAGACCCAGACCCCACCUCGCCCACGGCAAGUUCAACUCGGCCCCCCUCUUCAUGCUGGACCUCUACAACAGCAUCUCCGGCGGGGACGACGGGGGGCUGCAGGGAUUCCUGGACCACUACAAACCGGCGGUGGUCACCCAAAGUCCACCCCUCGCCACCUUGCAGGACAGCACGUUUCUCAACGACGCCGACAUGGUGAUGAGCUUCGUCAACUUGGUGGAGAAUGACCGCGAGUUCUCGGCCGAGCGGCGGCACCACAAGGAGUUUCGCUUCAACCUGUCGCAGAUCCCAGAGGGGGAGGCCGUCACCGCGUCCGAGUUUCGGAUUUACAAGGACUGCGUGAGCAACGCCUUUAAAAAUGAAACCUUCAUCAUCAGCAUCUACCAGGUGCUGCAGGAGCACGAGGACAGGGAGGCGGACCUCUUUCUGCUGGACACUCGGACAUUAUGGGCUGGAGAGGAAGGCUGGCUGGAGUUCGACAUCACGGCCACCAGUAACCUGUGGGUGAUGAGCCCCCAGCACAACUUGGGGCUCCAGCUGAAUGUGAGGACCAGCGCAGGUCACAGCAUGAGGCUGAGGGAUGCUGGUCUGAUUGGCCGUGACGGGCCUCACAGCAAGCAGCCCUUCAUGGUGGCCUUCUUCAAGGUGAGCGAGGUGCACAUCCGGACCACUCGAUCCACGGCGGGCAGACGCAGACAACAGAACCGCAACCGCUCCACACAGCCACAGGAGGCGCCCCGAGUCCCCAGCAUGGCAGAUUACAACAGCAGUGACCAGAAGACGGCCUGCAGGAAGCACGAGUUGUACGUCAGCUUUCGAGAGCUUGGGUGGCAGGACUGGAUCAUCGCACCAGAAGGAUACGCGGCCAACUACUGUGACGGAGAAUGCUCGUUCCCCCUCAACGCGCACAUGAAUGCCACAAACCACGCCAUCGUCCAGACGCUGGUCCACCUCAUGAAUCCAGAAAACGUUCCCAAGCCGUGCUGCGCGCCCACCAAACUCAACGCAAUCUCCGUCCUCUACUUUGAUGAUAACUCCAACGUCAUUCUGAAGAAAUACAAGAACAUGGUGGUGCGGGCCUGUGGCUGUCACUGACGGGCCACUUUGUUCUCCUCAUCACCUUCAUGCAACAAAACCACCCGAGCAAAAUGAGACAAACAGGCCACCUAAAAACACCCCGAGGACUAACGAAUGGACCUGCCACUCCUUGAUGAUGGCGGCCUAUCGUGUGAGGACGUGGAGCGUAGAGACAAAACAGCGAGUGCUGCAAGAGAACCACCAGACAUUCAUGGAAACGUAUGACAAACAUUCGGCACCAAAGUGAAGGUCCCAAGAAGCCGUUAGAAGUUAAAAUGGUCACCAAACAAGAGAGUCACUGCUGGCAGGUUAAGACACGAGAGUUCACAGGCGGCCACACAGCAGUUACAAAAUGGUCAAAUCUAAAAAAAGAAAAUUCCGCUACUGGCCGUUAUAGCGAGACCCCCCCAAAAUAAAACAAAAGGGGGUCAAAUCCACUGACCAAUCAGUGCCACCUUCAAGAGGAAGCUUACAACAGACGCUCUUCCUGAACGCUGCCCUCCCUCCAGUGUGAAAGAUGCUUCUUACAAUGGGGCUGCUAAAACACAACGGCCAUGCUGUCUUGUAAUCCCCCCUCUUAUAACAACACUUUUAGAUAACUGAGAAUCUCAACAGAAAACCUGCUCCCCUCUAAUGUGGAACCGGAAUGAAAGCCGGCAGAUUCUCCUAGUAAGCUCGCCUUCUGUCCUCAUCGAAGUUCAUCAAACUCUUCAAGUGAGCAGAGUCUGGCAUCAGGAGAGGGACAUCAGUUUAGGAAGUGGGUGACAAUGACAACAUCCCCCACCCUCACACGUCCCAUUGAACCUACUCAGAUGCCUCCUGUGUGCUGCUAGCCAGCUGGUCCUGUGUCUCACGAUUGUCCAUCUACUGGAAGCUACAAACAUCCCGACGCGUCCUCAGUCCUUGCCUACCUUUUACAACCCAACUGGUUUCUCUGAGAUUUCAAUUCCCAAAUUCAAACUGCCCUUUCAUGUGCACAUUACAGAAAGCUCAAGUUUAAAUUCACAACAGGAGGUUUAGAACUUGAAAACACUCUCAUGAGAAGAACCCGGGAGGCCCUGUGGGCCCAGGUUACAGUUAAAGAAACUUCAAGUUACUCAAAUAGUAAAAUCCACAUGUCCGUCAUCCAGUCAGCAUGUGGAAGACGAGGCUCCUGACCAAUGAGUGAGCGGACAGGUGGGUCUUCAGUUCAGAGGCUCCAUCUCAUUUGAAUGCACUUCAUGUCUGUGCACUACAAGUGCAGGCGUCUCCGACAAGCGGACGAGUGACCCCAGUAUCGUGAAACAGCUUUCUGGAUGUUUUAAUAUUGUUUGGUUUUAGCCCCCCAAUGACGCCUGUUCGUUCUUUAACAUUCUCUCGGUUAUCCAUGAAAACGUUCUUGGCCAUCAGUACAAACAGGGUAAGAAACAUGAAAAAUUAAUCAUUUUUGGUGAGAUAAUGAUGGAUAAUAGGAUGUUUGGUUAUAUAGCGCAGUUCCAUGGAGGUAAAACAAAAGAAGAUGAAGAGGUGAUGGGUUUAAAAUGAUGAAGGGAAUGAGUGUGGUGGAUCUCAGCUGUUAGUUUAACAAGUUGUCCUUCAGUAAGAAAGCAGACAGAACCUCAUUAUGGGGAAAUGUGACACCAAAGUUUGGAAGUUUAUCUUCACACGGGGAGCCACAGACACAAAGAGUAAGUGACCAAAUAGUGCGGCAGAGAGUGGCACUUGAGACCUUUAAAACCCAACUUGGUGACAUUUUGGAGAACUUAGCUGGGCAGGAUCGGUGAGCUUUGUUGGGCUGAAUGGCCUGCUUACCUUCAGAAUUGUUGUAAUUAUCUGCACAAAAAAUGGAUGUCUGAUGACGGCACAUUUGAGGUGCACUCCUCGUUUCUUUGUAGCAUCACAAGGAAAGAGCUAAACCACCCGACUUCACCGUUAGUGCCAAUCCUGCUUAUUCACCACACGCUGUAUGAAGGGCUCUCACUUCUUAUUUAAGUUUUAAUGUUCAUGUUUUAAAACGGUUACCGUGACAGCCAGUGGGCAUCGAGACCUCUGCUACACACUCAGUGUUGGCGUUAGAUACAUCUGCCAGACUGGCUUGAACAGUCAGAAGACACACAAGAUGAUGCCCAGUAGUACUGUAUGGCCUAUCAAUGAUGCACAUGGCAAGGUGACCAAGACUCAUAGCUGGAUAAACCCUGGUAUUUAUUGUUAUAUAUUUUAUUAAAUAAUUAUAAAUUAUUUUAGUAUUUAUUUUGUAUGUUGUGAUUUCAGACUGCUUUGCAUACAAAUCAAAGUGUUCCCAUUUCUGCACAUUAAAAAUGGUUUGCUCAGGGUCACACUGCCCACUAGAGGUGGGGACUGAGCUUCAACUUAGCAAUUCCUGCUUUUUAAAUGAU